CUCCGCGCCGCGUCCGACUCAGCGGUGUGAAGUCCCUGAACUAUCUGUCACUUACUCCACCCUUUAUAGUGAUGCUACAGAACAGAAAGGAAUGGAUAAAAACAUUGGUCAGCAACUCAAUAAAGCUUAUGAAGCCUAUCGGCAGGCAUGUAUGGAUAGAGAUUCUGCAAUAAGAGAACUACAGCAAAAGCAGACUGAGACCUAUGAACAGAAAAUACGUGAGCAACAGGAACAGCUGUCAUAUCAACAAACUAUUAUUGACAAGCUAAAAUCACAGUUACUUCUUAUGAAUUUCAAUCAAGAUAACAGUCAUGUCUAUGUUCCUGUACUUGAAAACACGGAAGCAAGGAAGAACAAUUUGACUUUUGAUCAGCCAAGUGAGAAAAUGAAAUCAGGAAUGCCAAGAGACAAAGAAUCAAAGGUAAGAAGACAAGACGUUUCUUCUCCUAGAAAAGAAACUUCAUCCAGAAGUUUUGGUAUUUCCUUAUUCCAUGAGAGGGGUAGUAUAGAGAAGACUUUCUGGGAUCUGAAAGAAGAAUUUCACAGAAUAUGCAUACUAGCAAAAGCACAAAAAGAUCACUUAAGCAAACUUAAUAUUCCAGAUACUGCAACUGAAACACAGUGCUCUGUGCCUAUACAGUGUACCGAUAAAACAGAUAAACAAGACGCCCUGUUUAAGCCUCAGGCUAAAGAUGAUAUAAAUAGAGGUGCACCAUGUAUCACAUCUGUUACACCAAGAGGACUAGGCGGAGAUGAGGAAGAAACCUCUUUUGAAUCACUUUCCAAAUUCAAUGUAAAGUUUCCACCAAUGGACAGUGAAUCUACUUUCUUACAUAGCACUCCAGAAAGACAAAGCAUUCUUGUUCCUGCCACAUCUGAGACAGCAGCAUGCCAGGAUAAAUUUAAUGCGGAGCUCAGAGACAACCCUGGAAACUUUGUUAAAACAGAAGAAACUUUACUUGAAAUUCCAGGAAUUGACCCUAUAGUCUCAGCAAUACAAAACCUUAAAACAGCUAAACCUAAACCACCUAAUCUUGUAAACACUUGCAUCAGGACAACUCCAGAUAGAGCUCUCUGUUUGCCACCUGGAAACCAUAAUGCAUUAUAUAUAAAUACAUUCCCACUUCAGGACCCAUCUAAUGUUCCUUUUCCUUCACUUGAUUCCCCAGGAAAAGCUAUCCGAGGACCACAGCAGCCUGUUUGGAAGCCCUUUCCUAAUGAAGACUGUGACUUAUCUGUAUUAAAUGGCACAGCCUCAGAAUUGCAUAUACCUCGACUCUGUGAAUUCUGUCAAGCAGUUUUCCCACCAUCCGUUACAGCCAGGGCGGAUUUCCUGCGGCAUCUUAAUACACACUUUAACGGGGAGACAUAAGAAGCAUUCGAGAACAGAUAUAACAAGUUCUAUGUGAUGUUUUUUGAGUUUGAAAUACGGCAUUACAAACGUAGUUCAAUAUCAUUUAUUGAAAACCUUAAUGUUGAAGUUAUUUGAAUAAUUCUAUCUAAACUUGUUUUGUAACUAUCUUUUAAAGUAUCAUUUUGUACAAAACUAUAACUCAUUCCAUUCAUAUCCAUGUUAUAAUUCAAAAUUAUAUACAUGACAUAUCAUAUAGCCACAAUUCAUUUUUAUUUCAGAUAUCUAAGCUUAUUGCUUAGUUUUCUAGUUAGAUCUUUUGAAUUAAUGAAUAUAAAAUAUUUGUAGGGAUUUUU